AUGAAGUUCCUUCGUCUUGUACCAUAUCUGGCUCUGGGAGCUGCUGUUCCUGUACAGCAUGCUACAGAGGGUGUUGCGUCUCUCGCCGAGCGCCAGCUGAGCACAACACGGAAUGAACUUGAAUCAGGGAGCUCAUUUGCCUGCCCCCGAGUUAUCUUCAUUUUUGCUCGUGCUUCUACAGAGAUUGGUAACAUGGUGGGUGGAGCAUCUGCUGGUCCAGCCGUCGCAAAUGCCCUUGAGGGCCAUUACGGUGCCUCUCAAGUGUGGGUUCAGGGCGUUGGUGACCCAUACACUGCUGACUUGGCUUCGAACUUUCUCCCUGGAGGGACCAGCCAGGCCGCAAUCAACGAAGCAAAGCGCCUCUUUAAUGAGGCAAACCAGAAAUGCCCCAACUCAGCAAUUGUUGCAGGUGGCUACAGUCAAGGUACUGCGGUCAUGUCUGGUUCUAUUUCCGGCCUGAGUUCCACCGUUCAAAACCAGAUCAAAGGUGUUGUACUCUUUGGAUACACGCAAAACUUCCAAAAUGGCGGCGGCAUACCAAACUUCCCGAGCUCUAAGCUUGACGUUUUCUGCGCAGCAACUGAUGCAGUUUGUUACGGCACCUUGUUUAUUCUCCCUGCGCACUUUCUGUAUAUUGAUGAAGCAGCUGACGAGGCUCCCGAUUUCCUUAUCAACCGGAUCGGUUAGUUAAAGAUACUGGGUCGAUAGGACUGCCUCGGCUUCUGUUAGGCCGCUUAACAGCGUGAGGAUAUGCUAAGAAGAUGGGUUCAACUUGACCAACGAAAUUCGAGUUCAAAGGGUAUAUAUAUGCGGAGAGGGGAUGUGAUCGGAUGAUGCGCUAAUUGGAAAAUCGAGACAGCAGAUCUACCACAGUAGGACUAUACUCAAUUGACCCUG